CAUGCGCCCCACACUGGGGUGGAGGCUCUCGGGCGCUGGGGCUUCUGACCUGACUCUGGGCCCUGGUUUUUCAAGCUGUGACGUCAGCUCCUGGCCGCUCCUCAUUCCUCGGCAGGUGCUGGAGAUCUAUCUGAACCCAGUACCAGGAAACUUUUAAGUGGCAGCCACUUCCCCACACACUGCUGUGUUCACGGGGUGUGUGCUGAAGAAAACAAAAUCGAGGUCAGCAACUACCGCCGUACCAUGUUGGGAUUUUUAAAAUGACUGUUUUUUAUGGACAAGAGAAGGGAUUCAUGCAGACCGUUUCGUCUUUACUCCAGCCCGCAAUGACCAGCCGUGAUUGAUUCCAAAUUAUACCAUGGAGAUCGAGAAGUGCUUUGCUUCAUGUUGGCAGAGAUGUUUGGCGUGUUUUAAUAAAUCCAGUCCACCCGAACAUGAGGCCAGACUUGGGAAAACCGACAUCGUUAUUGAAAACCCAGGCGCCAAUAGAAAAGAAAUAGGUGAACCAAGACCUUUACCUGCGUUACCUGUAACCAGUGUGCCCGGGGAGUACUACAUCGCCCUGUAUGACUACAAUGCACGUACCGAUAAGGACCUGAGCUUCAACACCGGAGACACUUUAGAGGCGCUGGACAAAAGUCCCGGUGAGUGGUGGUUAGCCAGAGCCCUCACCGGGGUCUCAGCCUCCAAACAGGGAUACAUCCCCGCUAAUUAUGUGGCGCCUGUGGAGAGCAUCGAUGCAGAACCAUGGUAUUUUCCUGACACUAAGAGGCUGGAUGCAGAGAAGAUGCUGUUGGUCGAAGGGAACCAGCAAGGUGCCUUUCUUAUCAGAAACUGUGAAAGUCAGAAAGGAGAGCUUUCUCUCUCGGUGCUCGACAGUGGAAGGGUGAAGCAUUACAAGCUGAAAAAACUGGAGAAUGGCCAAUACUUUGUGUCAAAAACCAAAUCCUUUCAAACACUGAAGGAUUUAGUGGAACAUUACUCCAAACAGUCUGAUGGCCUCUGUGUGCGUCUGACUGAGCCAUGCAAAAAGAUGGAGGCUCCACAGACUCACGGUCUGUCCUACAACACAGCCGACGUAUGGGAGAUUGAUCGCACAUCCAUCAAGCUGCUGAGGAAGCUAGGAGCUGGACAGUUUGGUGAAGUCUUUGAGGGCCUGUGGAAUAAAACCACACCAGUUGCAGUGAAGACUCUAAAACCUGGUACGAUGGACUCUGAGGACUUCCUCAGAGAGGCUCAGAUUAUGAAGAGGCUGCGGCAUCCCAAAUUGAUCCAGCUGUAUGCCGUUUGCACCCUGGAAGAGCCCAUCUACAUCAUCACAGAACUGAUGAAGAACGGCAGCUUGCUGGAGUACCUUCAGAAGGAUAAAGGCGCCACACUGCGCAUCUCUGACCAAAUUGAGAUGGCUGCCCAGGUGGCGUCAGGUAUGGCCUUCUUGGAGUUGCAGAACUACAUCCACAGAGACCUGGCAGCAAGGAAUGUCCUGGUGGGUGAAAACAACAUCUGCAAGGUGGCUGACUUUGGUCUCGCCAGGGUCUUCAUGAAAGAGAAUGAAAAUGUGUAUGAAGCAAAAGAAGGAUCCAAGUUCCCUGUGAAGUGGACCGCCCCAGAGGCUAUCCAUGACAAUAAGUUCAGUAUCAAGUCAGAUGUUUGGUCAUUUGGAAUUUUGCUGUAUGAGAUCAUGACGUUUGGCCAGAUGCCUUACCCAGAGAUGACAAAUUAUCAGGUGGUCCAGAAGGUUCCCAUGGGAUACAGGAUGCCAUGCCCUGCUAGCUGCCCCAAAGUUUUGUAUGAAAUUAUGGAGGACUGCUGGAAGAAAAAUGAACAGGACCGGCCCACAUUUGAGACCCUGCAGUGGAAGCUGGAGGAUUACUUUGACCUGGAUGUGACCUCUUACGAUGAUGCCAGCCGUUAUUAGCACAAUGAGCAGGAUGUGACAUAUGGAAAGAAAAAGACUUCUCUUUAAACUGAUUCUGAAUCCCUUAAUUCAAACAUGAACACAGACUUAUAUUCCUACACAGAGACAUAUUCAAAUGUAAAAUAGAAUUCCAUUUUGAAAUGAAGGCUUUGAAUGCUGAAUGUAAGUGAAAUGUCAUAAAGAUGCUUUUAUUACAGCAAUGGUUUCUUGCUGCACUCCUGUGUAGUGUACAUGACUGUAGGAGGUCGCUUUCAGCAGGUUUUUGUUUGUCAGUCUUGACUGACCAGUCCUAUUGUUUUUAGCAUGGCACACAUUCUUUCCACUAGCAACCAGUCGAACUUUUAACUGAAGUUGCCUGAGAGGACAGGUGAUUAUUUUUUUCUACCUGAAUGAGCCUUUGUGUCUUGUCUCUCUCAGCGGUGGUCUUAAUUGUACUAAUAGUAUCCUGCUGAUUGGCCGAAAUGGUACGUUAAAAGAAAGUAUAAUAAGAUUCAUUACAUAACCAAGUGUUUUAAUUCAAUCUCCUCUCUUUAGAAACUAACAUAGCAGGGAGUCCUGUUGGUGUCGUGGAGGAAAGAUGAGCCCUGUGAACAUGAAUGAAUAAGUUGUAUUAUCUGGAAUUAUGACCGUAUGACUAAAUCAUACAGGACUAUUAAUUUCUUUUUUCUUUUUUUUUUCUUUUUUUUGCAGAAUUGAACUAUAUUGACAUUUUUAUUGAUCUUGCAGUUUUGUAAAUUUAAAGUUGAACCAAAUGCUCAAGUCAGCACAUUUUUACUAUCUUUACUGUGAUGGUUAAUUCUUUCCAAACUUAAUAUACAGUAAUAGUUUUUACUCUGAAGUUUACGAGGUUUCAUGCUGAAACUCUUAAGCUAAAAAGCUAAUUAAAUCUAGUUUGUCUCCACCUUAAACAUUCUUCAAGCUUAACAUUGAAAGUCACUCCUCUGUAAAUGUGAGCACAAAUUAUGUUAUGAUAUUGCGCAUUUUUGUUUUUCUCCUUUACAUGCACCAUGGUCUUAUCUCACACAGGCUGCCAACGAUUUUCCAAAUUGCAUGAAGUCCACCUUUUAGCUAAAGGCCAUUUAAGCCACAAUAAGUGACGACAUUGAUUCUUUUGGUUCAUAUUGCUACAAUCUAAUGCUAGAUACUUUCUAUUGGUAGAAGCAACACUGAAGAGAUCAUAUGCCUAAAACUCACACAAAGAGUUUAACCGGGUGGUUUAAUCUCAUGCUCUUAUGAUUUUGUGUAAUGUCUUAAGUGCCAUGAACACAUUCUUGUUAAUUGUACAUUGUAACCUUGACAGUGUUUAUAUAUAUACAUACACCUGUCAGGCACAACAUUAUGACCACCUGCUUAAUAUUUUGUGGGUCUCUCCUGUGCCUCCAAAACAGUUGUGACUCAUCAGAGAAUUGACAUUGGUCUUCUGAGGGUGUCCUGCGGUAUCUGGCAGCAGAAUGUGGGUUGAGGGGAGGGUCCUCUAUAGAUUGUCCCACAGAUACUUCAUCAGUUUGGACUCUAGGGAAUUUAGAGGCCAGGUCAACACCUUGUACCAUUUUUCUGUCAGGCUGUAUCCUGCUGCUAUCAAGAAGUGUUAUUGCUUGGGGGUGGGGGUGUCUGGUCUGGUCUAGAUGGAUGGUGCAUGUCUAAAAAACAUACACAUGAAUGCCAGGUCCAAAAGUUUCCCAGCAGAGCAGUGAAUUGUCUCAAGCUGAUUAAUGUUAUUUACUUCUGACAGUGCCUGAUCGGUGUAUAUAUAUAUUUGUAAUCAUAUUGUAUUUUACCAGCUAAUGGAGCAGUUGUUUGAGUUUAGUAUACUAAUAUUAAAGUGAUCAAGUGCUGACAUCA